CGGAGUCUCGGUUGUUUUGAUUGGUGGGACUGUUUUAAAAUUAAUCUACAUUGGCAAAGAGAUCGAACUUUCUUCGAAUUGGAAGUGGGUUUGAUUUCUUGAGUCUUAAAUAUGGUGGCAGUAAAGGUUGGGAUGCUUCACUAUAUAUUGGACCAUGUGUAUGGUGCAUUCAUGCACAGAACAAAGCUGACCCCACAAUUCUUUUCAAAAGGAUGGGGUGGCCCAAAGCUUGAUCUUCUAGAGAGUUUGAUUAAGCAGCUUUUCCCAGAAGUUGAAGGUCAGAAUUGGCCUCCAAGAUUGAUUCAACCUACAUGGAAAACAGUUUGGGAGACCAAAAGUGCUUGUUUGAAAGAAGGUGUUUUUGAAACGCCUUGUGAUGAACAGCUUCUUAAUGCAUUACCUCUUGAGAGUCAUAUUGCAAGAGUUGCCCUCCUUGCCCCAAAAUCAGUGCCUGCCCACAAUGUGGCUUGUGUUGUUCAUCUUGCAGGAACUGGGGACCAUAGUUUUGAACGAAGAUUGCGUCUUGGUGGACCACUAUUGAAGGAAAAUAUAGCAACAAUGGUCCUUGAGAGCCCUUUUUAUGGACAAAGGCGACCAAUGCUGCAAAGUGGUUCGAAGUUAUUGUGUGUGAGUGACUUGCUCUUAUUAGGACGAGCUACCAUCGAAGAAGCACGCAGUCUUCUACAUUGGUUAGAUUCUCAAGCAGGUUUCGGAAAAAUGGGUGUUUGUGGACUAAGCAUGGGUGGAGUACAUGCUGCCAUGGUGGGAUCCUUACAUCCUACGCCUAUUGCUACAUUGCCAUUUCUAUCUCCACACUCGGCUGUUGUUGCGUUUUGUGAAGGAGUAUUGAAGCAUGCGACUGCGUGGGAAGCCCUAAGAGAGGAUAUAUCGAUGGAGAAGGCUACGAUGACACUAGAGGAAGCACGAGAGCGUAUGAGAAGCGUGCUGUCACUCACAGACGUCACACGCUUUCCCACCCCCAAAAACCCAAAUGCCGUCAUUCUUGUUGCUGCCACCGACGAUGGGUACAUCCCAAAACACUCGGUGCUCGAGCUCCAAAGAGCUUGGCCUGGAUCGGAGGUGAGAUGGGUAACCGGCGGCCAUGUUUCAUCCUUCAUUCUUCAUAAUAAUGAGUUCCGUAGAGCCAUUGUUGAUGGGCUAAAUAGACUAGAAUGGAAGGAUUCACCAUUGUGACCGUGAGCUAUUAUGCAAAACCGCAAUCAAACCGCGUGAAAUGUUACUCGAAUCCGAGUUAUGUUGAGCUUAGAAAUAUGUUAAAAAGAUUGUACAGUUAAUGGGUGUCAUUGAAAAUUUAUGCAACAAGGGUCAAUUAGAAUGUAGAUGUUCAUAUAACCAAGUAAAUAUGAUAU